UCCAAUUUCCAGCCAAAAGAAAACUUCUCUAUACGAUUUGGAUCAACCAAGGACAUGAAUUGAAUCUCUAUUAGAUUCAGUUUGACCUUUCUCAAGUCUUAAAUGCAAUGCUUCUUUUAUUUUGAAAUUUCCUAAUAAUUUCUUUCCUUUUGGUCUAUCUAUCCGACUUCACAGCAUUCGUUGACCGGUUGACCAAAAAUCUUUCUACAAAACCGAGUCUCCCCUUUCUUCCGCCAUUCUUGAUCUCUUCCUUUUUUAUCCACUGAUCGAUCAAUCCCGCCAAUACCAUGGAGCAGCCACGGGAAUUCUCCGGCGCCGGCGGUGGCGGGUGGAGACCGCCGCAGCCUCCUCCUCGGCCGUCACGGUCGCCGAGGAGGGAGCUCCCGCUCCAGGGCCCCCGCCCGUCCCCACUCCAGGUCAGCAAACCGUUCCACAAGAUCAAGAAGCCGCUCCCGAGGCCACCGCAGCAGCUCCACCAGGCGGCGGCCCUCCCGCCACCGGAGCUCAUGCAGCCGGUGAUCAUCUACUCAGUCUCUCCGAAGGUCAUCCACGUGGAGGAAAGCAAGUUCAUGUCCACAGUCCAGCGCCUCACCGGGCUCUCCCCCGGUCCCGGGGCCAGCUCCGGAGCCGUCUCGCCCGCAGCGAGGCUGGCUUCUAUCGAGGGGGUUAAGGGGGUUUUCCAUUUUAGGACUAGCACUAAAAGGGGGUUUUGACUUACAUGGGUUUUGAAUUGACCUUACGGUUAUAAGUAUGUACAUUCAUCUUUUAUGUUGCUGCUUAACGGAGCCACUGAAAAAUAGUUUCUUUUAGACUGCUAUCUCAAGAAUGGAGACUAUAUUUGAU